UUUUAGAAUAGAAUCGAAGCAUUUGGCGAAAAAAAAGAAAAAGCAUGUGUAUAGCGGUGUUCAUAUGGAAAGCGCAUCCGUUGUAUCCCUUCCUUCUCUUCCUCAACAGAGAUGAAUACCACAAUCGUCCAACGAAACCAUUGUCAUGGUGGGAAGAUAGUGAUAUACUUGGUGGGAGGGAUGAAGUUGCUGGUGGGACUUGGUUGGCUUGUACUCGCACUGGAAGACUUGCUUUUCUUACUAAUGUUCGAGAAAUCCAUUCAAAUUCACAUACCAAAAGUAGGGGAGACCUUCCUCUUCGAUUCUUAAAGAGUGUGAAGAGCCCUCGUGAUUUUUCAGAGCAACUAUUGAUAGAAGCAGGUGAAUAUAAUGGGUUUAAUUUGAUAGUAGCUGAUCUUUGUUCAAUGACUAUGCUUUAUAUAACUAACCGACCGAAACACACCGGUAUGUCCGUCACUGAGGUUUCACCCGGUAUUCAUGUUUUAUCAAAUGCAUCACUAGACUCUCCAUGGCCUAAGUCUCAACGGCUGGAGUGCAGUUUCAAGCAAUUAUUGGAUGAAUAUGGCGAAUCAGAAAUUCCAAUAGGGCAGGCAGCUGAAAGAAUAAUGAGAGACGUGGCUAAAGAAGAUAGUAACCUGCCAGGCAUCUAUUCCCCCGAGUGUGAGUACCAGUUGAGCUCCAUAUUUGUUGACACUGAAAUGUCCAUGGGACGUUUUUGCACAAGAAGCACUUCUUCACUGGCAGUGAGAAGUUCUGGUGACGCAACCUUUUAUGAAGUGUAUCUUGAGAAGGAUAUAUGGAAGGAGCAGCAGAUAACCUUUGUAAUUGAGAAAAUGAUAGAUGGUGUUGUUUCUACGUCCUAAAGCGUUCUUAGAACAUGAACUACCAAGAUGCAGACAAGUCAAUGUUUGUGAUCUUUCCCAUGGACAAAGCACAGAAUUAUCUUGCUGUCUUAAUCUCUGCAUAAUCAAAUACUAUUUUAGUUAUCCUGUUGUUGAAUUUCAUUUUAUUGCUCCAGGACCUCCUUGCAGUGGUUCUGCUUAUUAAGAGGUACCAUAUAUAUUAGUGUGUAUCUAAAUCUUAGUUGCUGGCAUUAGAAUAAGCUGUGUUGUAUAUAAUAUAAAUGCAGGCACUGAUACUGAUUUAUGAAAAUCAUAUAUAAAGAAUGGUCAUAACUCAUAACUUCCA